AAUUCUGAAUAUAUUUUGAAACUCCUCAGUAUCGAUCGUCAGGAAGCAUUUCCCCUGACUUUCAGAGACUCAUGCGGAAAGUAAGGGAGCUCUUCGAACUGAACCCUGACUUAGAGCUUCUCCUCCACCCUACUUCGAACGAGCUAACAGGCUUAGCGGAGGCGAUUCGGUCACUACGCAUUCAGCACCAAAAUGACACGGACAAUGAUGAAAUCGCCUUCCAACUAGCUGUUGCUUUGAUUUCCCAUUCCCGACUUUCCUUCGUGGAGGAGGGCCUGCACAUUAUGGAGACUCUUAUCUCCACUCAGUGGCAGAACCGCUGGAGCAAAGUGUUGACUCAACAAUAUGAGUCGCUGUCAAUGGCGACGCCACCACCACUUCCUAAAGACGAAGAUAGUGAAGCAGUCGCUGCUGUUGAGGGUGAUCGGCGUGGAGUAGAAAAUAUGCCCACAAGUGGCAUCCAUAAUGAAUGUGAGACUUCUGCUGCCGAGUGUAGCUCGCCAGGCAGGCUGAUUGGCGAGGAUUGCAUAUGCAUUGAUGCGCAGCAUGCUAUGCUUGGUGAGGAAAAGACGAAAACACUGUCGUCAGGGCCUCAGAACGGCAACCCAAAGCACGAGACUUCAGGUAACAUGGGGAAUGCGCGUGGCCGUUCACAGAGUAAUGAUGACUUACACAUUUUUCACUACUACCUGUCACUGGGAUGGAUUAAGUUGAAGGAUUUCAAGAGAGCAAACUCGUGUAUCUCACAGAUGCUAAUCCUAGAGCCCAAUAGCCGUCAAGGUCAGGCGCUUAAGACAUAUAUUGAGGUAGCACAGCGCCAGGGUGCGGCGAUGAAUACGGCGGUGAUAGUUGGUGUGAGUACAGCAUUGACGGGAAUAGCCGUGGCAUUAAGCAGUUUUCUCCGUGGGCGCGAAUCCUCUUGA